AUGGAGAAGGCAGGUGAAAUCCACGAUGGCACAAAGCCCGGCGAGGCCAUCUUUGAGGAUAUCGCUCCCAAAGUCGAACAAGCUCGAGUAGCUGCCGAACAGGAGCAUCAGCUCUCAGUCUGGGAGGCUCUCACCAAGAACAAGACCGUGGUGUUCUGGUGUGUUUUCUUCGCCUUCAGUGCCGUAGGAUGGGGAUUUGAUGCACAAGUCAAUGGUGCCAUGAUAUCUGUACCCCAGUUCCGUCUGACUUUCGGGUACAUUUACGAAGGUCAACCAGUCAUCCCAGCGAGCUGGCAAAGCGGCUUCAACAGCAUUUCAAGCGUCGGGCAAUUUUUUGGCGGUUUUGCCUGCUCCUGGCUAUCCGACCGCAUUGGCCGCAAGAAGUCGUUGCUCAUGGGCCUAGUGUUUGUCACGGGCGGCAUCUUCGGAGAGGUAUUUUCGAGUACCCGGCCAGCAUUCCUGAUCGGCAAAUUGAUCCUCGGUAUUGGUUUGGGGUUCUACCUCACCAUUGGUCCCUUGUACUGCUCAGAGGUUGCCCCAGUGGUCCUCCGUGGAAUGAUCACUGGCGGCAUCAAUUUCGCAAUCGUCAUCGGCCAACUUCUGUCCAAUGCAGUCAUCAAGGGAUUUGGAGACAGAGAUGACCGAUGGGCUUUCAGAGGUCCUUUUGCUGUGCAAUUCUUGUUUGUUGGGAUCCUGCUGGUGGGAGUAUGGUUUGCUCCGGAAUCUCCAUGGCACUUUGUCCGGCAGGGGCAAAUUGAGGACGCACGACGCUCACUUCAGCGCCUGCAUGGCCAAGACGUGGACGUGACUCCGAGACUUGCCAUGAUCGUCCAAACUGUCGAGGAAGACAUGGAGCUGUCCAAAUCUGCAAGAUGGAUUCAAUGCUUUCAAGGGACCAACCUUGUUCGCACCACAAUCUCAGUUGGCGCUUUUGCCUGCCAACAUCUAUCCGGAAUUGUCUUCGUCCUUGGCUUUUCGACCUACUUCUUUGAACUAGCAGGUAUCCAAACCAGUCAUGCCUUUGACCUGGGUGUCGGUGUUACUGCUUGUGGUGUUGUCGGCGUCAUUAUCUCCUGGAUGGCAAUCAACACACUCGGACGGAGAAAGCUCUUCGUUGGGGGUAUGAUCGGCAUGACGAUUGUGCUCGUACUCAUGGGGAUUCUUGACGUUGUUCACACCUCUGCUGCCCGCUGGGUACAAGCGUCUUGCACCGUCGUGUAUGCUCUCAUUUACCAGAUCACCAUUGGCUGCAUCGCAUUUGCUCUCCUCGGCGAGGUUUCGACUCCGUCUCUCCGCGCGAAGACCGUUGGACUGGCUACCGCUUGCCAGGCUGUCUUCGGGACAGUCAUGAACAUUGUCGUACCGUACAUGGUUAAUCCAGACAAGGCAAACUUGAAGGGCAAGGUCGGCUUUGUUUUCGGAGGUGCUUGCCUGCUUGGUACUAUCUGGAGCUACUUUUACGUCCCCGAGCUCAAAGGCCGCACCUUUCAAGAGAUCGACCAUCUAUUUCACCAUCGCGUUCCACCCAGAAAGAUGGGACAAUACAACCUGGACGAAGUUGAGGAUGCCUUGUAG